UAGUCUAGGAUUGCGGUAUAUAAAUAGCCAAGUCGGAAGACACUCGACCUCUCAGUAAGGACACUUUCUCCAUCCGGUGCACUUCUCCAUCCAGACCACGAUCUCGAGUCUUUUUAGAAAAAUGUUCAGGUCGAUAUCAGUUUUGUGGCUGGUAGCUGCUUUCUGCCUAGUUUGCCCGGCUGUCGAAUCGUCGAGUGAAAUCGAAUCGUCCAUCUCGACCGGUUCCACUGGCCAUCCGAUGCCUGGAUCAUUGCGCUUUUACGGCGUUACCAAAACAAUGAAAACCACUACCACAGUCGUCCAUUUGUACACAAGAUACGUCCACCAAACGUGUUUGAAGAUUACGUUCGGAACAGCUGAAUGCCAACAAACUACUCCACCACCACCGACCACGACGACCACUACCACGCCCACACCCGUUACCGUUACUCCCGGAACAACAUCCGCUCCGGUGCCGACGACUACUCAGCCAGCUUUCCAAGUCGUUACAGGCCAAUUCAAACCAUCCGUUUGGACAAACAUUACCGUCAACAAGCUCUCUCCACCCAAUUUGAACUUGCUGCCUCCGUUACCAGUGAUUGGAUCUGGACUGGCGGGUCUCUUCAACAAACCUGCUCCCAUCAAUAUCAAAGUUUCCGCCAACGCCACCGCUAGUAUCUCACCUGGAAACGGACGUCGCCGACGCUCCGAAAUUCUGCUCGAAAACAUUCGCCCAUCUCUCGUUCGAUCAGUGGAAAUGACUGCCAGUCCUGACGUGUCGUUGGGCGAGUCCAUCAAACAGGACGUGGCCGUCGAAGCCUCCCGGGCGGAAGAGUCUCACCAGUACCAGAUCGCGGGUUUGAUGGCUCAUCACUUUGCCGAACGAGCCCUACCGCUUAUUCUGGGCAGCAGCAGAAACCCAAUCACCAUCGUUAGACUUGAUCCUGUUACAGUCACUGUUAGUCAGACAGUCACUUCGAAAUUUCCAUUCGAUAAACCUUCCGACCGCGUAACUUUGUCUUAUGCCGGGUGCAUCCCGUCUGAUGUUGUGGCAAUGAAUUUACCACACUGCGUUUGAUAUCCCCCACACAUUAUUUAUUGUCGACGCAAAUUGGCGACUUUUUUGGAAAAGGAAACUGCAUUUCAUUUUAUAACGGAAAGAACCAAGUUUGAAAAGGAUCCACAGCGCGCCGAAAAAAGUAUAGCUCUAGUAUUAUUACAACAUAUGCAUUUGAAUGUGUGUUUAGUAUAUUACCACUAUAUAUCGGUCGGUAUGUGUGACAACUGCUCUGUAUUAAUAUAAUAAGGCACGAAA